AUGUCUCCGACACCACCAUCCACAACCUCCUCGAGCGCUGGCGCAUUUUCUCCAGAGGGACAAUUCAGAGUCAUUAGGAAAAGAAACCGAGUCCCUCUCUCGUGUGCGCCAUGUCGGCAUCGGAAGCUGAAAUGCAACCGUGCUCAUCCCUGCGAGAACUGCAUCAAGCGGGGGGAUGCGACUUCGUGCUCAUACGCUCAAGCGAAUGCGCGGAAGAAGAACGUGUCGCAGCCGUCGGCUUCGAGCUCUCCGGACGAUAUGCAGAAUAGGAUUGAUCGACUAGAGAGCCUGGUGCUAUCGCUCAUGACAAAUGGAUCCCAGUCUGCAGGCCCCGCGGCGGCUAUCGCUGCGAUCUCUGGCAACAGCAGCAGCACGGGAUCUGUCCCGAACUCGGGUGAUAUCGACGUGGAUGUUGAAACUCCUGGUGGUCCGGAAGAGAGCGAUACCGAACAAGUCACAAAAUCGUUUGGUAUCAUGAAAGUGGACAACAACAAGUCCUAUUAUAUCAGUGAGGUACAUUGGGCAUCUGUGCUCAGUGAUAUCGCGGAAGUUCGAAAUUAUUUCCACACGCACAAGAAACAAUACGAGGAGCAAACUGAGAAACUCAAAACAACCCAGCUUCCAACUGACGUUCAGGGAUCCGCUCUGCUCUUUGGGGCUAUGAAACCUGCAAGUCGGGCGGAAAUAAUGUCCUCCUUCCCUUCGAAAUAUACGACAGACAUGCUGAUCGCGCGCUACUUCAGCUGCUAUGAUCCAUCGACGCAUAUUCUUCAUGGGCCCACCUUUCAGGCACAAUACAAUAAACACUGGGAAGAUCCGUCGCAAACGUGUACUAUCUGGAUUGGUAUGCUCUUUGCCAUGAUGCGAUUAGCCAUGCUCUCGUAUCAUCGCAACGGAGACGAACCCCCGGAGUUCCGGGGCAAGUCCCUAGACAUGGCUGGCACUUUCAGGAACCUCGUGGCUCAGUGCCUUACCUUAGCUGAUUAUACCAAGCCAUAUCCGUAUGUCAUCGAGAGUUUGAUCUUUCAUCUUCAUGGUGACUUCUGCCAAACCAGGGAAGCAGAUGUAUCUGUGUGGGUUCUUGUUGGUGUGAUUGCGCGACUAGCCAUGAGAAUGGGCUAUCACCGUGACUCGAAGAUGUUUCCAAAUAUAACACCUUUCCAGGGCGAGAUGCGUCGUCGCGUGUGGACUUUUGUGCGGCAGGCGGAUCUAUCAUUUUCCUCGCAAAUUGGAUUGCCUAGCAUGAUCCGCUCUACUGACAGUGAUACUGAGCUUCCACGAAAUCUGUACGACGACGACUUUGACGAGAAUUGUCAGGAACUUCCACCUUCGCGUCCGGCCAAUGAGCCGACGCCGAUAUCAUUCUUGAUUGCAAAAGCACGGCUGACAUACAUUUUUGGCCUUGUCACCGAGCAAACUUCACGUUGUUCGAAUGGAUCGUCUUAUGACAAAGUGAUGGAGCUUGAUGCGGAGCUUCGCCGAGCUCGAGAUCUGAUCCCGGAGCACUUGCUCGUUCGCCCUAUCGAGGAUUGUCCAUUGGACUCUCCCAAUCUCAUCUUGUCACGCUUUGCAGUCGUGAGUGUAUACCACAAAGCACAAUGCGUUCUUCAUCGACAAUACCUUGUUCGAGCGCGCGAAAACCCUCGAUUCACAUACUCUAGACGAACCUGCCUUGAUUCUGCAAUGGAGCUGCUGCGCUACCAAUCAAUGCUUCACGACGAGACGCGGCCCACAGGCCGUCUACGCAGCAGAUAUAACAAGCUAACCUCACUUGGCUCUUCCGAUUAUCUGCUCGCAGCAACCAUUUUUUGCCUCGAUCUCUACCACGGCCAGCAACUACAGGCAUCUGGUCGAACUUCCAGCGACUCUUAUGCCUAUAACCGGGAAGGUCGAGAAGAGAUGGUGGCCGCGCUGCAACGGAGCCAAGAGAUCUGGGACGAGCUUCGUGAUGAGACUAUUGAUGCUUGGAAAGCAGCCGGUGCUCUGGGAGUGAUGCUUGCCAAGCUGAACUUGGGAUUUGCCGAAAAUUCCGCCGCGUCCGCGGCGGCCUUCGAACCGCAGGAUGAGAAACAGAGCGCCGCGAUGACACUGGGACUUCUGAGCAGUGGAAUGAGCCCCAUGCCGUCAACAAGUCAGUCAACACUCAACGACUCUACCUACAAGAUGACAGACCAACAACUGUCGAUGCCUAAUGGCUUUGCAAACGCUGCAGAGAUUCCAGGGACACCAUCGCCGUUCAGCGCAAUGUUCGGGCAGGUGCCUGACAUGCAAUUGAACCUGGACUGGGACGCUUGGGAUACAUAUAUUCAAAAUUCAGCAAUGGAUAUACCUUCGCAAUGGUGGCCUGCGGGAGAUGUGCCACAGCAACAACCGGGUCAAGCCCCUUUAUCAACACAGUUGCCAGCAUCACAGAGCAACGUUCCUGACAGAAUGCGUUCCUUACCUCGGAGCACUAACGUAUACCUCGGAGAUGGCAAUGGCUAUGAUAAUAAUGUUGCCAUGUCCACGGCAGGCUAUUCUGUCAACUCCUCACCUCUUAAGAACUCAAGUACCGGGCCUGGAACCUAA